AAAUUUGAUGUUGUGAAUGAAAAGGAUUAUCCAAACGAUAAAGAAUUAAUUGAAGAUAUUGAUGUUAUAAUAAUUACAGGCUCUUCCUUUUCUGUUUACGAAGAUGUUCCUUGGAUUCAUAAACUUGACAAUUUUAUUUCUUUAAUUUAUAAUAAUUAUCGUAAAGUCAAAUUAGUUGGAAUUUGUUUUGGUCAUCAGAUUAUUGCUAAAGCUUUAGCAGGAAAACAUAUCUUUAAAACUAAUAAAAAAGUUUUGCGUCUUCAAGAAAUGCAUCAGGAUCAUGUAACAAAAAUGCCAUCAAAUUUUAUCAAUUGGGGAAGUACAUAUGUAUCACAAAUACAAGGAAUGUUUAAAGAAGGACAUGUCUUGACUGUUCAAGCUCAUCCUGAAUUUGUUAGUGGAGAGGUGAAGGAAAUAAUUAAAAAUCGUUUGGAAAAGAAAAUUUAUACAAAAGAAUUUGCAGAUCAAAAAAUCAAAGAUGCAGAUUUAGAAGUUGAUAAUAUAUGGUUAGGAAUGAAGAUUAUAGAAUUUAUGUAUGAUGAAAUUCAAAGAUGGUAA